UGUGAAAGAACACAAAUUAUGAUCGAGAGUGUACAUGACGGACACAUACUCUACAAGUCUUUUCUUAUGCUUAUUACAUGAAAUUAGGGUUUUCUGGUGAGAUACUUGACUUCAAGGAUGUUAACAAUCGGGGUUCCGUAACCCCAAAACAAAAACAAUGGAAUUUGUCGACCUCAUUUCAGGAUUGUCCCCAUUUCGAUCCAUGAAGUUUCUAGACUGAGUUAUUUUGAAGAAAUUGAGGUUUUCUACUGUUUUUUACCAGAAUUUUGCAGAUUGAGAGAGAGAGAGAGAGAAUACUGAGGAGAUUUGGAAAGGGUAGACAGAAGAGGGUUUUCACAGGGUGCAGAGGCAGAGGAUGGGCUUUCGAGGGAAAAUUUGAAAGGGUCGGAAGAGGAUUUUCAGGGGAAGUAGCAUUUCCAUAAGUGGCAAUUUUGAAAUUGUUUGUAGAAUCAGCGGCAUUUUCACAAUCAUCCAAAACCUAGAAGAUGGGAGACUAAGGCCUAGAAUCCCAUUUCUCUGUGUCCCUCGUCUCUUCAACCUCCAUCAGAACGUGAGUCCCCUCUUCUUGUUCUUCCUCCUUUUCCCCUCCUUUCCCAUUUCCCCCUUCGUCUGGUUUCAGCUUUUCUCAACUGAUUGGGUCUUUAUCUUUGUGUUAAUUUUGGGCCCAAAGGCCCCAUUUUGAUUCUCUCUCCAUUUUAUUUGUUGCCAUUACAACCUGCAAGGGUUCUCACCUUCUGUACUCAUUUAACAUGUGCUUCCAAAACUGUAGCUUUCUGCUUUCAACCCCUCUCUCUCUCUCUCUCUCUAAAACUGUAGCUCUCUCUGUCUCUGAAUCUGUAGCUCUCUCUCUCUCUAAUCUGGAAGGUUGGUCUGGAAAUUAUUGGGGUCUUUUCGAUGUGUUGAAUUCGGCCCCUAGCGUCACAGUGGGGUCCUUGCAAAACCAUUGUCAUAGGGAUCAGAACCUGAUUGCACCCACUUACCACCACUCUCUUUAAAUAAUCAAGCUCUCUCCAAUUUUAGCACCGCUCUGUUUUAAUUAAGCUCUUUUGAGUUUCCUUGCAGAGAGAAGCCCAAGAAAAAGCAGGAAGGGAAGAGGGAGGAAGGAGAGAUAAAAAGAGGGUUAGUGAGAGAAAAUAAGCAAUUUUGCCAUGGCAGCGAUCCCCCUCUUCCAAAAUUUCCUCUUCACUUCACCCCACAAAAAAUCCAACUCCCCAAUUUUGUCGAUUCAGUCCCGUUCCCUCUCUGUUCGCUGCAAUUCCAAUGAGGCCCCUGCAACUAAGCAGAGGAGACCAGCGGAAGAGAACAUAAGAGAAGAAGCUCGACGCCAUGCUACAAGCUUAGGCACUUCUUGCCAUGGCUUCUCGGCCAAAUAUGUGCCCUUCAAUGCACCCCCAAGCUCAACUGAAGUGUACUCUCUUGAUGAGGUUGUGUAUCGAAGUCGAUCAGGCUCCCUCCUCGAUGUAGAGCACGAUCUCUCAGCUUUGAAAAAGUUUGAUGCACCCUAUUGGAAAAGCCUCUUCGACUCUCGAGUGGGCAAGACCACAUGGCCUUAUGGCUCAGGUGUGUGGUCAAAGAAAGAAUGGGUUCUCCCUGAAAUUGAUUCAGACCACAUAGUCUCCCUCUUUGAAGGUAAUUCAAAUCUCUUUUGGGCUGAGCGGUUUGGUAAAGAGGUUCUCUCGAUGAAUGAUUUAUGGGUAAAACACUGUGGCAUAAGCCAUACUGGUUCUUUCAAGGACCUUGGUAUGACUGUUCUUAUUAGCCAAGUGAAUAGGCUUCGGAAGCUUAACCGCCCAAUCAUCGGGGUUGGAUGCGCAUCAACUGGGGACACUUCUGCUGCCUUAUCAGCCUAUUGUGCAGCAGCAGGUAUCCCUGCAAUAGUGUUUUUGCCUGCUGAUCGAAUAACAAUUGCUCAACUCGUUCAACCUAUAGCUAAUGGUGCCUUUGUUUUGAGUCUUGAUACUGAUUUUGAUGGGUGUAUGAGACUUAUACGUGAGGUAACAGCUGAGCUCCCUAUCUAUCUUGCGAAUUCUUUAAAUAGUCUUAGGCUCGAGGGCCAAAAGACGGCUGCCAUUGAAAUUCUUCAACAAUUUGAUUGGGAGGUACCCGAUUGGGUCAUUGUACCUGGUGGAAACUUGGGCAAUAUCUAUGCCUUUUAUAAGGGGUUUCAUAUGUGUAAGGAACUCGGCUUAGUGGACUCAAUCCCACGACUUGUGUGCGCACAAGCUGCAAAUGCAAAUCCUCUAUAUCUUUAUUACAAGAAUGGGUGGGAAAAUUUCUCCCCCAUUAGGGCCAACACCACAUUUGCGUCGGCAAUUCAAAUUGGUGAUCCUGUUUCGAUCGAUCGAGCUGUUUAUGCAUUGCAAAAUUCAAAUGGGAUUGUCGAAGAAGCCACUGAGGAGGAGUUAAUGGAUGCUAUGGCAGAGGCUGACCUAACGGGGAUGUUCAUUUGUCCUCAUACUGGUGUGGCUUUGGCUGCUUUGGCUAAGCUUAGGAAGAGUGGGGUGAUCAAGCCAACUGAUAGGACGGUGGUGGUUAGUACAGCGCAUGGAUUGAAAUUUACACAGGCGAAGACUGAAUACCAUUCGAAGGAGAUUGAUGGGAUGACUUGUAAGUUCGCCAACCCACCUGUGAAUGUGAAGGCAGAUUUUGGAUCAGUUAUGGACGUGCUGAGGAAGAAGCUUGCGCUUGUUUGAGAAGUAGUGCUUCUUAUCACGAGAGCUUUGUUGUGUCUCCAUCGCUGUUUGAAUCUUGGGAUUUUCAGUAAGUCCGGAAUAUGACAAAUGGGGCUUUGAGAUUUAGGCUUGUAAUUUGAACUUAUAGUUACAUGGGAUUUUCUUGUACUGCUUUUGGGCAAUUUCUGGAUGCGGCCAGGAUUUUCUUUGAGUGCUUGAGGUGUGCAUUUUCUAUUUGUUAUCUUUGUUUUUAAUUUGCUAUCUAAUUUAUCUAUCAAUUUGGAAUUUGAGGAGUUCAAACUGGAUAUCAGUUCCAAGUAUAGUCACAUUAGGAUGUUGGUUCUGUAGCUCUAGAAGAAGUCUUUUUUUGUGUUUUUUCUUUUGCAUCUGUAAUAAUAAAUUAUAUAUGGGUGUUCUUCUUCCUCAUGAACAUGGAUAUGCUUGUUCCACAGCACAAUUUCGGUUGAGCAUGAAAUGAAUGUCAUAUAAAUUGACAUCU